AUGACCAUCUCCGACUGCUCCUCCAUCCUCAACGAUUGCAACAACGGCGACUCGAUAGCCGUAAACGGCACCUGCCUGACCGUCACCGAAUUCACAUCUUCAUCUUUCAAAAUCGGCGCCGCACCAGAGACCCUACGACGCACAAACCUCGGCGCCCUCAAGCAAGGCAGCAAAGUAAAUCUCGAGAGAGCGGUUUCUGCGCACACGAGGAUGGGAGGUCACUUUGUGCAGGGACAUGUGGAUACCAUUGCGGAGAUUGUGUCCGUGACGCCGGACAAUGAGGCAAAGGUGUUUCGCAUGGCUCCCAGAGAUAAGAGCGUCUUGCGCUACAUUGUGGAAAAGGGAUACGUGACGCUUGAUGGCGCGAGUCUGACCAUUACGGCUGUGGAUGACCAGCAAGGCUGGUUCGAGAUCAUGAUGAUCAACUACACCCAAGCGAAGGUCGUCAUGGGCAAGAAAGAGAAGGGCGAUACCGUCAACGUCGAGGUCGAUUGCGUAGGCAAGUACGUCGAGAAGAGUGUGGUUGGAUACUUUGAGGGCAAGACCGGCGGUGAACCUGCUAUUCUCGACAAGAUUGUUUCGAGGAUCGUCGACGAAAAGUUGAGUAAGCAAAGGUCAUAG